AUUUCUGCCUAAAUAUUUUAUUCCCAACUAAAAUCUUAGCUUUUGUGUCACUGUGCAGCUCUGCUGAGUCACUUGAAGCUCUGCUUGGCACUUGCUCGGUUCGCCGCUUGAUGCCAGUUGUCGUGUUAAACUCGCUGUGUGUUGAACGCUUUAGUUUUCAUUUCAAAUGUGUGGGAUCGGUACAGAUUUGUGUUAAUUCAUCUAAGUCCAGAUCGGAGAUAAUCAAAAUAAUCAACUAAUUGCCAUAUUUAUGGUGGGUCAUUCCAUAAUUGCUGAUUUGAUACAUUUAGUUUGAAGAUUUUACAUAAUUUGCGUUCAGUUAGCCUCAGGAUGUUGCCGCUACAUCUCCUUCUCCUGCUGGCCGUAGUUGCACCCUCGUGGCAGGAGAAUGCCACUGUAAUCCAUAGUCAUACCUAUGUGACCAAGGCGGGCUGUGAGGCUCUGAUCAAGGAGCCCAGUCUUUGCGAGUGCCAGGAUCAGGAGAUCAAGUGUGAGAAUCUUGUGCUUCACAGUGAUAAUACCCAGCUAUAUGGCAUCACCUGUACUAUCUUCGAUGCCCGGGGAUUUGGAUAUAUACCAUCGCUCAAGGUGGGCAAUAUUGGUUCUUUGAUGAUCCAAAAUUGUGCGAUACCCAAUGCUGAGAGCAUUAAAUACUCUAGUAAACUGGGAGUAUCCAACUACACAGAAAUGGAGAUUUUCAACUAUUUCGAUCCCAAGAAGAAUGAUCGCGGCGAGAUUCUGCAACAGUAUUACACGGAUCACGAGAGUCUGAAGAAGGUCUCCAUCAUAGGAUUCAAGUCCACACUGCCUGCUAAUUUUCUGGAGCAUCUGCCAGCUCUUAAGCAACUUUCCCUGAAAGGCAGUGAUUUACCUGGAGCCAUCCUGCAUCUGCAGAACCUCACCCAUCUGAAUAUUGUGGUCAAGAAUCUGGGCAAGGUUUCGGGUCAGAUCUUUGCCAAACAAUCGAAAGUGCGUCAUUUGAUGAUCGAUUGUGAUGAAAAUAGCAGCGUGGAGAUGUCUGCCUUUGGGCCACAGGAUCUGUGGCACAUGACCGAACUGCAGUCCGUGGAGGUAUUUAAUUGUGGUGAUAAUGUGCCCACCGAACUGUUUUGGAUGUCGGAUCAAUUGGCUUACAUAGGCAUAAGGAGCAACAUUAGCUAUCUAAGCAAGGAUUUUCUCAAGUCGCAAAAGAAAUUACUUACUUUGAGAUUGGAGAAAAAUAAUAUAGCCAGAUUGCCGAAUCAGUUAUUCCACAAUACCCCCUUACUACUGGAGAUACAUUUGGCCUUUAACAAUUUGGAUCGCAUUCAGAGGUAAUGGCCUUUUGACAAGCUGAAGAACCUUCAGGUUCUCAAUUUGGAGCACAAUCCGAUAACCACAAUUGCCCUGAAUGCCUUCACACAUAUACCCACUGCCCAUAUCUACGUGGGUAAACUAUUUCGGGCUGCAAAAGACAAUGCCGCCGACUGGGCUCGUUCCACGAAUGCCACCAUCUGUGAGGAGGAAUUCAUCUACGGAGUAUGCAUCUACUGCAAACGCGAUGAGUAUCUGCAUCAUUUUGCCGACUCGGAAAAUUGCAACAAGGUGAAUCCAAAGGCCAAGGAUGUGCUGGCCAAGAAGGCCUACGAAAAUCAGCUAAAGGCAAUGACCACCAACUCCUGGAAAACGACCAAGGAAUAUACCGAGAAGGAGGACCAGCCCUAAGUACCAACGUUCUUCACUAUAAUUUUACGCAUCAGUACUAGUUAGUAUAUAUGGAUUUAUGUAUUGUUUAUGUAUGCAACUAUA